AUGUCAGACGGAACGAAACCCAAGAGCAAGGACGAGGGCGUGAAGGAUGACGGCAAGGACUGGAAGCCAGCGCUCGCCGAGCUCGACCACGUCCACUCCCUCGUGCGCACCGCCAACUCCAACGACCCAGGCUACGCGCGCCAAAAAGCCGCCAACAAGCUCUGGGUGCGCGAGCGCCUCGACGCCCUCCUCGACGCGCGCUCCUUCUCCGAAGUAGGCUCUGUCACCGGGACGCCGGUGUACGACGGCGAUGGGAAGCUACGCGAGUUCCGGCCUGCGAACGCUAUUAUGGGCUUUGGGAGGGUCAACGGGCGCCGUGUAUUUGUUACGGCGGACGAUUUUACUGUGCGCGGAGGGCAUGCGGAUGGGGGGAUACAGAUGAAGGCGCCGGCGGGCGAGAUCCGCCUCCUGGACGGGUCAAGUGGAGGCGGAAGCGUCGCGACGUAUCUCACCAUGGGCGCGACGUACAUCCCACUCCUCCCUGGGCUUAAUCAAAGCAUGUAUGCGCUGUCGACCGUCCCCGUAGCUAGCGCCCUGCUCGGACCUGUCGUCGGGUUGGCAGCCGCAAAGGCAGCCAUGAGCCACUUCAGUGUAAUGGUCAAAGGCCUCAGUCAGCUCUUCGCCGCCGGCCCACCCGUCGUCCGCCAAGCCACAUUCGAAGACCUCUCCAAAGAAGACCUCGGCGGCUGGCACGUGCACGCGACGAACGGCACCGUCGACAACGUCGCCCUCUCGGAACCCGACGCGUUCGCGCAGAUCGCGCGCUUCCUCUCGUUCCUCCCGCAGUCCGUCUUCGAGCUACCGCCUCGCGAAAACGACGGCGGUACUGCAGAUCCGGUGGACAGGCGCGAGGAGGCGCUGGUCAGUGUUAUACCGCGGCGGAGAGCGCGCACGUAUGAUGUCAGGAGCAUCGUGCGGAUGGUCGUUGAUAAGGCGCAGGAUAAGGAGGGUGAGGAGGGGUCGACGUUCUUUGAGAUUGGGGCGACGUGGGGGCGGGGGGUCGUUACUGGGCUCGCGCGCCUCGGCGGGUGGUCUGUGGGUGUGCUGACGAGCGACUGUACGGUCGGCGGAGGCGCGCUGGAUGCGCUUGGGAGUCAGAAGGUGGCGCGGUUUGUGGGGAUGUGUGAUCAUUUUGGGUUACCGAUACUUAACCUCGUGGAUCAACCGGGGUUUGCAGUUGGGUCCGCAGCCGAACACACCGCAACGAUCCGCCACGGCGCCUCCGCAAUGGCCGCCCUGUGGAACGCGAGCGUACCCCUCUACACCGUCAUAAUGCGACGCGCAUUCGGCGUAGCAGGCGGCGCGUUCGCCGACCCCUCAGACGGAAAGAACACGCGCGUGGCUUGGUGCUCGGGCGACUGGGGCUCGCUCCCGCUCGAAGGCGGCAUCGAGGCGGCCUACAAGCGCGAGCUCGACGCGGCGCCGACGCCACAGGCGAGAGAAGUGCGCAUGCAGGAGCUGCUAGACCAGUUCGAGGGCGUGCGCGCGCCGUUGCGCACUGCGCGCCAGUUUGGGAUCGAUGAGAUUGUCGAUCCGAGGGAUACGAGGAGGUUGGCUUGUGAGUGGGUGGAGCAUGUGUACACGGCCGUGUUGCCAUCUAGGUUGGCGGUGAAGCAAGUUGCCUACGGGUGGACAGGUAGGACGCCGGUGGGGCAGGGUUACAAGUUAUAA